AGAACUACAUGGGAAUCCUACUAGACGACCUGGUGCUACAUCAUGUGUAGGCCAGGACUCGGGAGCUUCUGCUAUUAAUUGGUUCGAUUGCUCCCAAAUUUCUCCAACCAUGCAACUUUGGUCAAGCUAAUUAUGAUUUCAGUUUUUCCGCACCGUUGAUGUUACUCCUAACCAUUUGGUUCACAAUAAUGUACGUAGGCCUCACUGCACAAUAGUUGCAUCAAAAGUGUCAUGUAAUCACAUAUCCUUGAAAGGAAACUCGCCGAGCAACUUUCUCUUUGGAACUGCAUCCUCUUCUUAUCAGUUUGAAGGAGCUUUUCUGAAUGAUGGUAAAGGGCUCAACAACUGGGAUGUCUUCACUCACAAGCCUGGUACUAUCCUGGAUGGAACUAAUGGAGACACUGCUGUUGAUCAGUACCAUCUUUAUCAGGAAGACUUGGGUCUCAUGAAUAACAUUGGAGUCAACAGCUACCGUCUUUCUAUAUCAUGGGCAAGAAUUUUACCCACAUUACUUAAGGGUGGUCAGGAAACUUGUGGUUCAAUGUUCAUACACAAGUAUGACAUGUAUUUCCUUCCUCAACAUAUUUCGUGUCCUGGUGUAGGAAUCCAGCCCUUUGUGACAUUGACCCACUACGACAUACCUCAGGAACUUGAAGACAGAUAUGGAGCUUGGCUAAGUUCCCUACUGCAGGAAGAUUUUAGAUAUUAUGCAAAUAUAUGUUUCAAAUUCUUUGGAGACAGAGUCAAGUACUGGUCCACUUUCAAUGAGCCCAAUGUUGUGGUCAUUCGUGGAUAUAGGUCAGGGAUUUACCCACCAUCUCAUUGCUCUCUCCCUUUCGGAAAUUGUACUUCUGGAGAUUCAGAAAGAGAGCCUUUCAUUGCAGCUCAUAACAUCAUUCUAUCCCAUGCAGCUGCUGUGAAUAUAUACCGAACCAAAUAUCAGAAAAAACAAGGAGGUAGCAUUGGGAUGGUGAUGAAUGCUGUAUGGUAUGAACCCAUCAGCAACUCUUUAGAAGACAGAUUAGCAGCUGAGAGGGCUCAGUCUUUCUAUAUCAACUGGUUCUUAGACCCAAUUCUCCAUGGAAGAUACCCUGCAGAAAUGCAUGAGCUUCUAGGAGCUGAUUUGCCUGUAUUUUCCAAAUUUGAUCUGGAGAUGCUGAAGAAUGGAUUAGACUUCAUCGGUAUCAAUCACUACACCAGUUUUUACUCAAAAGACUGUAUGUUUUCUCCAUGUGAACCAGGACCAGGAGCUUCAAGGACAGAGGGUUAUGCUUUGAGAACCGCACAAAAAGAUGGAGUCUACAUUGGAGAACCAACUUCAGUUGAUUGGAUAUAUGUGUAUCCUCAAGGAAUGGAGAAGAUGGUAACAUACAUAAAAGAGAGGUACAAUAAUACACCAAUGUUUAUUACAGAAAAUGGGUAUGGUGUGGAGGAGAAUCCAAAUUCCACAAAUGAAGAACUGUUCCAUGAUGUCAAGAGAGUGGAGUACUUGAGAAGUUACUUACAGGCACUAGCAGAUACAAUGAGAACUAAAGCAGCAGAUGUAAGAGGGUACUUCGUGUGGUCAUUGCUUGAUGAUUUCGAGUGGACAAGUGGAUAUACGGUCAAGUUUGGACUUCACCAUGUUGAUUAUGGCACUCUCAAGAGAACUCCAAGACUCUCUGCAUCUUGGUACAGACAAUUUAUUGCUAAUAACACCCUGCAGAUUUUAAGUGCCCAGGAAUGAUCCAAGAAGGCAAAUGAACAUGGCUCUGAAGCUAGAUCAGUUAUUUUAUAUCGUAUUAAGAGGAUCAAUGCGAUAUUGCGAUUACUAAAACAUUGUAUAUAUCAAGAAACAGAACAUCAAAGAAUGUGAUUCCUACAGUAGGUGGUUUAUCACUUUAUCAUAAUGGAAUUAUUUAAUGAACUAAAAUAGGAGGAUGUGGAACAAUGCCAUUUUGUAUAUAGUCCAAUCACAUGGUGUCUUCUUGUAAUUCUAAGUCGUACAAAUGAUACAGAUAUGCACCCCUGGCUUU